AAGAGGAUCCUAAAGGCAAAGAGGUAACGGAUCCAUCAUGACCUGAUUGCACGUGUAAGUCCCAUAUUACUGGCCACAGAAAUAUGAGUUUUCUAUGGUCUACCUUGAAAGAAAUUUUAAUACGAACAUGUACACCCCCUCGAUAUAAAAACUUAGCCAGCAGUACAUUCAUGGUUUUCUACAAAUGACUUUUCUGGUUUUUUUUUUUUUUUACCAAGCUUACAUAAUAGACAGCAACUGACAGACUGCUGUAAGGACUGAUAUAUUUUUAAAAAUCGUAUUAGAACAAAUUUUUCAUUUCCAUGGCAGUUCGUACUCGGUAAGCAUGCUGGAACGAGUCGUCUACCGCCUUAGCAGAUUUGGCAAUUUGAAAUUUGAAAACAGUUGGUGAAACAUUUUUCGGUACCAUUAGCGGUAGAAGCGAUACUUCACAACUAGAAGUGAUGAACUUUCGCAUUGUUUUGUUUGUGUGUGUGACAAUGAUUUUAGCGAAAGCGCACCUGUCGCAAGCCGUCAUGCCUUUUGACGCCAUUCGAACAAACGAGCAGCGUCGUGGACAAUUAGAUCGCAAGCUGAGCUAUCCCUGGUUUAGUGAACGGAGGUUAUCACGGACAACUAACUCUCUGUUUGAUAAAGUGACGCCGCAUUUGGAAAUGGGCCAAAAAAGGGAUAAAACUCCCGUUCCGGAGGAUCCCGAAGCUAGGAUGACUUCGAUUGAAAUUAUAACUGGUCGCGGUUAUCCAGCUGAAACCUAUUCAGUGGUUACCGAGGACGGCUAUAUCCUAGAACUUCAUCGAAUCCCUCGUGGUAAAGGCCACGCCGCAGACUCACGUGCUCACGGCAAACCUAUCCUUCUCCAGCACGGAUUUCUCGGCAGUUCAGCUGACUGGCUAAUCAGCCCUACCGAUCGCAACCUAGCAUUUCAACUGGCGGAUUUGGGAUAUGAUAUCUGGAUUUCGAACGCCCGCGGAAAUACUUAUUCACGCAAGCAUCAGCGCCUCGACCCAUCCGAAGAGGCUUUUUGGAAUUUCUCGUGGGAUGAAAUGGGAAGAUACGACAUACCUGCCGUCAUUCAUUUCAUUCUGGCCCGCAACGGAAGACCUGAAAUGAAGUUGAGUUACAUAGGCUACUCUAUGGGAGCUUCCAUGUUUUUCGUCGCCAUGAUUGCUCAUCCGGAGUUAAAUUCCAAAAUCGAAGUGAUGAUAGCCUUGGGACCGGCUUCUUCAUUGGCAAACAUUCAAAGUCCCGUCAUCCGAGCCAUAGCCCCCUUCGUCAAACAUAUUGAGUUUCUUUUCAGAAUUGCAAGGGUCCGGAAUUUCAUGUUCAACGACAUGCCAUUCAACAGAGUAAGGGCAAUGUUUUGCCGGAAAAAUUAUUUGCGCGCUGCGAUGUGCCGCAACGUUUUGUUCCUGCUCGUCGGGCAUGACAAUGGCCAUUUUGAUCUAAAUCUUUUGCCGGUGAUCGACGGCCAUCUACCAGCAGGCACAUCAGUCCGCACCUUAAGUCACUUUGUUAUGAACCACCUUUCGGACAAAUUAUUCGAAGGGGAAAACUUCAGUCCUUACGAUUACGGGCUAUUGGGAAACAUUCGGCGUUAUGGGACGCCAAGGCGACCACCUUAUGAUCUAAGCAAAGUCACGGUGCCCGUCUAUCUUUUUUACGGAGCCAGUGAUUAUCUGUCGACAAGUAAGGAUGUUACUUGGCUUUCACAGAGAUUGCCAAACGUGAAAGAGUUGAUUAAGGUUGACGACACGCACUAUAAUCAUUUUGAUUUCCUGUGGGCCAAGGAUAACAAUCGGCUUAUCUACAACAAAAUGUUUAGCAUUUUGCCUCCACCGACGUAGCCAAAUCCGGCUUAUUUAUUUUGAUUUCAAUGCCCUUGUGAUUAGCUGCUUGUUGUUGUUUUGAAUCGAGUAUAAAAGGCACAGCCCUCCUGAUAUGACUAAUCUGAUUGUUUUUAGUUUUUUGUUUGCUCUGAUUGUGUGCUUGGUUAAAACAAAU